AUGGAAGGAUUGUUCCCUACUUUCAUCUGUAUAUUGAGUAAUCUGAAGAAUUUGGAUUUGUCCCAAAAUAACCUUACAGGAGUUAUACCUUCAUGUGUCUCCAAUCUCAAAAGUCUCUCUAAUCUUGAUGUCUCGAACAACAACUUCCAUGGUCCUCUGCCUCUUAUACCUAAAAAUGUCCUUUCUUUCUUAGAUUUGUCAAAUAAUAAACUCCGUGGUAAAAAUUCAAUAGAAAUGGGAAAAAUACUAUCUAGUAUUGACACCAUUGUUCUAUCUGAUAACGAACUUUCAGGUCCAAUUCCCUUUUCUAUGUGUUCGAAAGUAAAUCGUAUUAUUGAUCUCUCAAACAAUAAAUUAUCUGGUAUUAUACCCACCAGUAUAGGGUAUUGCACGAAACUUCUUUCUCUAAACUUUGGCCACAACAAUCUCACGGGAAAUGUUCCAGACGUGCUUGGACAAGCACUUUCACUGACAUUUCUUCAACUGAAUGACAACAAUCUGGAUGGUGUUCCUCUUGGUUUCAUCAGUAAAUUUCAAAGAUUGGAAGUUCUUAAUUUAGCAAAGAAUAAGUUUGAAGGCAGUAUACCCACUGCCUUUGGUUCACUCGAAUACUUACAGAUUCUUUCUCUAAGGUUCAACAAAUUUAAUGGGUCAAUCCCUGAAGAGAUUACUCAUUUGCAACCACUCCAAAUAUUAGACAUAUCUCACAACCAUCUUACAGGGCUUAUUCCUAAAAAGAUAGGAAAUUUAACGAGACUAAUAAGCAGACCUGAGGGUACACAACCCCUUCUCAACUAUGGUGCCGGUGAUUUGAAACUGCAGAUGGUGAUCAAAGGGAUUGUGACACAAUUAUUGAAAGUGUUUCACUACACUUCUGGAGUUGAUCUAUCAUGCAACACUUUCAGUGGAAACAUACCAGAAGAGAUUGGUUUGCUGAAAGCGCUUUCCACACUCAACCUAUCACAUAAUCAACUUUCUGGUAUAAUCCCUCAAGAGUGUAGGAAGUAUGAAAGGAUCCCUAAGGGGCUUCACUUUGAUACAUUAAGCGGAGAUGGUUCAGCAUAUAUCAACAAUAGUUUGUUAUGUGGCGAUUUCACAAAUAACACUUGCGAGGGUGAUAAGAGAAGUAAUUCUACUGAUAAUAAUUCUCCAAAUGAAGGUUAUGAGGAUGAUCAAAAUGAUGCAAAAGAUAAAUUGUUGCUGUAUGCUAUUGUUGCUUUGGGGUUUGCAGUUGGGUUCUGGGGUCUAUUCUUUGUUUUGUUAAUAAAGAAAGAGAAAUGGUGGUUUGGAUAA